AUGCUUCAGUGGAGAAGAAGACACUGCUGCUUUGCAAAGAUGAGCUGGAAUGCCAAGAGGUCUCUAUUCCGUACCCAUCUUAUUGGUGUACUUUCUCUUGUGUUUCUUUUUGCUAUGUUUUUGUUUUUCAAUCAUCAUGACUGGCUGCCAGGCAGAACUGGAUUCAAAGAAAACCCUGUGACAUACACUUUCCGUGGAUUUCGUUCUACGAAAAGUGAGACAAACCACAGCUCUCUUCGGAAUAUCUGGAAAGAAACAGUCCCGCAGACUCUGAGGCCUCAAACAGCAACUAACUCCAAUAACACAGAUUUGUCACCACAAGGAGUUACAGGGCUGGAGAAUACACUCAGUGCCAACGGAAGUAUUUACAAUGAAAAAGGCACUGGACAUCCAAAUUCUUACCAUUUCAAAUACCUUAUCAAUGAACCUGAAAAAUGCCAGGAGAAAAGCCCUUUUUUAAUACUACUAAUAGCUGCAGAACCUGGACAGGUAGAAGCUAGAAGAGCUAUUCGGCAAACUUGGGGCAAUGAAAGUCUAGCACCUGGUAUCCAAAUCACACGAAUUUUUUUGUUGGGUGUAAGUAUUAAGUUAAAUGGCUACCUUCAACGUGCAAUCCUGGAAGAAAGCAGACAAUACCACGAUAUAAUUCAACAGGAAUAUUUAGAUACAUACUAUAAUCUGACCAUUAAAACACUAAUGGGCAUGAACUGGGUUGCCACAUACUGUCCACAUAUUCCAUAUGUUAUGAAAACGGACAGUGACAUGUUUGUCAACACCGAAUAUUUAAUACUUAAGUUACUGAAGCCAGACCUGCCUCCUAGACGUAACUAUUUUACUGGUUACCUAAUGAGGGGAUACGCACCCAACCGAAACAAAGACAGCAAGUGGUACAUGCCACCAGACCUCUACCCAAGUGAGCGCUAUCCUGUCUUCUGUUCCGGGACUGGUUAUGUUUUUUCUGGAGAUCUGGCAGAGAAGAUAUUUAAAGCUUCUUUAAGCAUCCGUCGUUUGCACUUGGAAGAUGUAUAUGUAGGGAUCUGUCUUGCCAAGUUGAGAAUUGAUCCUGUCCCCCCUCCCAAUGAGUUUGUGUUCAAUCAUUGGCGAGUUUCUUAUUCAAGCUGUAAAUACAGCCACCUAAUUACCUCUCAUCAGUUCCAGCCUAGUGAACUGAUAAAAUACUGGAACCAUUUACAACAAAAUAAGCACAACGCUUGUGCCAACGCAGCAAAAGAAAAGGCAGGCAGGUAUCGCCACCGCAAACUCCACUAG